AUGCCUGGACCAGUGCUGUCAGUGCCCGCGCCGUCCAAGCGAACGGCGCUGGAAGUGCAGCUUCCGUGUGCGCCUUCGUCGUCGCCGCCAACGACCGCGCCGCCGAUCGUCGCGUGGGUGCCGCCGCAGGGUCCGUAUGCACCGCCCGAAUCUUUUUUGGCCAACAUGCGGGCGUUUGGCUGGCUGCCCGUGCACCUGAGUACGCCCUUGUCCGCGGGCGCCCAUGUGCCGCCAGCACACUCUUUUUUACAGACAGAAGCCGGUCGACCCAUCUCGAAAAGUACGCACCCCCACGCGCGCUAA